GGAGAAGGCGGGGCGCGGCCAACCGGCCCCCAAGACCCUGCGUCGCGUAGCGGAGGGCGCGUUUGACUGACAGGCUGCGGCGGCGCGGUACCGACUGCAGGUUCCCUGCCAGAGGCCUGCACGCACUCCUGCCCGCCGUGGCCCACCCUGCCCGCUGCCUCGGAGAAUGCAGAUGUUGGUUGCUUCCUGGGGGUGUCGCUGUCCACAGAGGUAGGCCCACAGCCUCUCCCACGCAGAAAAAUUUACACAGAUGAAAUGAUGUGAUACCUGGGACUUGCUGCAGAGAAAUGGAAGUGGGAGGUUGAGGUGAAGCCGGGGUGGCCAUGAAUUGCGAAUUGUGGAAGCUAGGUGAUGGGUGAGCCUGGGCCAGGAUGGGGGACUCCAGGGACCUUUGCCCCCACCUUGACUCUAUAGGCGAGGUGACCAAAGACGACUUGCUGCUCAAAUCUAAGGGAACCUGUCAGUCGUGUGGUGUUACUGGACCGAACCUGUGGGCCUGUCUCCAGGUGGCCUGCCCCUAUGUUGGCUGCGGAGAGUCCUUUGCCGACCACAGCACCACUCACGCGCAGGUGAAAAAGCACCACCUGACCGUGAACCUGACCACCUUCCGGGUGUGGUGUUACGCCUGUGAGAAGGAGGUGUUCCCGGAGCAGCGGCUGGUGACUCACCUGCCAGGCUGCUCACCCAAGUUCUCCGAGCAGGACUCUCCGCUGCGCUACCACCCUCUAAAAGCUGUCCCUAUUGCUGUGGCCGAUGAAGGAGAGUCUGAGUCCGAGGACGAUGACCUGAAACCUCGAGGUCUCACGGGCAUGAAGAACCUCGGGAACUCCUGCUACAUGAACGCUGCCCUGCAGGCCCUGUCCAAUUGCCCUCCGCUGACCCAGUUCUUCUUGGAGUGUGGAGGCCUGGUGCGCACAGACAAGAAGCCAGCCCUGUGCAAGAGUUACCAGAGGCUGGUCUCUGAGGUCUGGCACAGGAAACGCCCAAGCUACGUGGUUCCCACCAGCCUGUCCCAUGGGAUCAAGUUGGUCAACCCGAUGUUCCGAGGCUAUGCCCAGCAGGACACCCAGGAGUUUCUGCGCUGCCUGAUGGACCAGCUGCACGAGGAGCUCAAGGAGCCGGUGGUGGCGGCCACAGCGGCACUGACCGAGGCUCGGGACUCGGACUCGAGCGACACAGAUGAGAAGCGGGAGGGCGACCGGAGCCCGUCUGAGGAUGAGUUCCUGUCCUGCGACUCAAGCAGUGACCGGGGUGAGGGUGACGGGCAGGGUCGUGGUGGUGGUGGCUCUCAGGCCGAGACGGAGCUGCUGAUCCCAGAAGAGGCCAGCCGUGCCAUCUCCGAGAAGGAGCGGAUGAAGGACCGCAAGUUCUCCUGGGGCCAGCAGCGCACAAACUCCGAGCAAGUGGACGAGGACGCCGAUGUGGACACCGCCAUGGCCGCCCUCGACCACCAGCCUGCAGAGGCUCAGCCACCGUCACCGCGAUCCACCAGUCCCUGCCGGACACCAGAGCCAGACAAUGAGGCCCACAUGCGCAGUGCCUCUCGCCCCUGCAGCCCCGUCCACCACCACGAGGGCCACACCAAGCUGGCCAGCAGCCCGCCUCGCGCGAGCCCUGUGAGGAUGGGGCCAUCGUAUGUGCUCAAGAAAGGCCAGGUGCCCAGUGCUGGCAGCCGGAGGCGGAAGGAGCAGCGCUACCGCAGUGUCAUCUCAGACAUCUUUGACGGCUCCAUCCUCAGCCUCGUGCAGUGUCUCACCUGUGACAGGGUGUCCACUACAGUGGAGACAUUCCAGGACCUGUCGCUGCCCAUUCCUGGCAAGGAGGACCUGGCCAAGCUCCACUCGGCCAUCUACCAGAACGUGCCAGCCAAGCCAGGCGCCUGUGGAGACAGCUACGCCACCCAGGGCUGGCUCGCCUUCAUCGUGGAGUAUAUCCGACGAUUUGUGGUAUCCUGUACCCCCAGCUGGUUUUGGGGGCCAGUCGUCACCCUGGAAGACUGCCUUGCUGCCUUCUUUGCUGCUGAUGAGCUGAAGGGUGACAACAUGUACAGCUGUGAGCGGUGUAAAAAGCUGCGGAACGGGGUGAAGUACUGCAAGGUCCUGCGGUUGCCUGAGAUCCUGUGCAUUCACCUGAAGCGCUUUCGGCAUGAGGUGAUGUAUUCCUUCAAAAUCAGCAGCCACGUCUCCUUCCCCCUCGAGGGGCUUGACCUGCGCCCCUUCCUCGCCAAGGAGUGCACGUCCCAGAUCACUACCUACGACCUCCUCUCAGUCAUCUGCCACCACGGCACUGCAGGCAGUGGCCACUACAUCGCCUACUGCCAAAACGUGAUCAACGGGCAGUGGUAUGAGUUCGAUGACCAGUAUGUCACUGAGGUGCACGAGACGGUGGUGCAGAGCGUGGAGGCCUAUGUCCUCUUCUACAGGAAGAGCAGCGAGGAGGCUGUGCGGGAGCGGCAGCAGGUGGUGUCCCUGGCUGCCAUGCGGGAGCCCAGCCUGCUGCGGUUCUACGUGUCCCGAGAGUGGCUCAACAAGUUCAACACCUUCGCUGAGCCAGGGCCCAUCACCAACCACACCUUCCUCUGCUCCCACGGAGGCAUCCCGCCCAACAAGUACCAUUACAUCGAUGACCUGGUGGUGAUCCUGCCCCAGAACGUCUGGGAGCACCUUUACAACAGGUUUGGGGGUGGCCCUGCCGUGAACCAUCUGUACGUGUGCUCCAUCUGCCAGGUGGAGAUCGAGACACUGGCCAAGCGCAGACGGGUUGAGAUAGACACCUUCAUUAAGCUGAACAAGGCGUUCCAGGCCGAGGAGUCGCCUGGCGUCAUCUACUGCAUCAGUAUGCAGUGGUUCCGGGAGUGGGAGGCCUUUGUCAAGGGGAAGGACAACGAACCCCCUGGGCCCAUUGACAACAGCAGGAUCGCGCAGGUCAAAGGAAGCGGCCACAUCCAGCUGAAGCAGGGUGCUGACUAUGGGCAGAUUUCAGAGGAGACCUGGGCCUACCUGCACAACCUGUAUGGCGGCGGCCCUGAGAUCGCCAUCCGCCAGAGUGUGGCCCAGCUCCAGGACCCAGAGAGCUUACACGGGGAGCAGAAAAUCGAAGCUGAGACCCGGGCCGUGUGACUUGGUGGGCUGGUCUGUAAGUCCCCUCCUCCCUCUGCAGAGACCCUCUCGUGUCCCCUAAGUGUUGGACGAGCGUGUCCCUGAACACACCUUCCAUGAGGCUGCUUGGAAGGACACUCAAGUGGGCCCCGCCGGGCCGAGUGACCCCGGGGUCCCCACAGGCCCCCACCUUUGCCCUCCUCCCUGCGGAGGGUGUGUUUGUACCCGGAAGAGAGGCUGGUGCUUUGGAAACCCCCAAUGUGUAGAGGCAGAAAAGAUGUUUGGUUCACAGUAACACUGGAACUAGGAAAUACAUCCACUUCAGUGGAUUGGUAUUUAAAUGACCAAGGCUCUGUGACGUUAACUCCGGUUGGUCUUUGUCUUGGCAGUGCUCACGUGUCACUGCCAUUGUUGUCAUGUCCCCAUCCCAACCUGCCCUCCCGCUGGCUCAGGCCCAGCCUUUGUCCUUGGAGCUGUCAGUCGGGCUGUGGCCUUGGGACAGAGGGUCUGGGCGUAGCUGCUGCGUCAUAGGCAUUUCCCACUGGGCGCCUGGUCCAGCAUCUGAGACCCACAGGUAGAAGCUGGUGAGCAGAGUGCUCAGUGCCCGGGCAGCAAGGAUGCUGCCGCAUGUCACUGGAGCCGCUUCCUCCCGAGGCCCCGCGUCACCCUGCAGCUCCCAGUUGUCACAGAAAGGCUCCGGAAUCCUGGGCUGCUCUCAGUGGUUUGGCUGCAGACUAACGACUCAUCUGAGAUUGGGACCGAGUGGGGGGCUGUUUCUGGACGCAGCUGGUCCCCUUCACCCUGUGCUGCUGAGCUGGCCCCCGGGAUUGGCUGUAACUUGCCACAUCAGGGAACCUGAUG